UUCGUGUUAAGCAGCACAGAUCUCGGAUCCACUCAGACUCACACACGGACCCUCUGAACGGACUCUGACGGAUCUUUGUACCGAGCUGGAUUACCGCCUGUUGGGACUUUAUUCCGGGAAUAUAACGGGACAGCAGCCUCUCCGCUGUGGAUAUAUUUUACUAUCCUGGAUUUUGUGGAUUAUUUUACUGACUUCAACAUGACUCUGGAGGAAGUCAUUGGAUCCAACAGCACCGAGAAAAAGAUGGAGACGGUGAGUCAGGCUCUGGAGGAGCUGCUGGUCGCGGCUCAGCGGCAGGACUGCCUCACGGUGGGAGUCUACGAGUCCGCCAAACUCAUGAAUGUGGACCCGGACAGUGUGGUUCUGUGCGUCCUGGCCACCGAUGAGGAGGAUGAAGAUGACAUCGCGCUGCAGAUCCACUUCACGCUGCUUCAGGCUUUCUGCUGCGACAACGACAUCAACAUCCUGCGGGUGUCCGGUAUGCGGCGGCUCGCGCAGCUGCUGGAGGAAGAAACCGCGGACAGCAACGGCAACGAGCCCCGAGACCUGCACUGCAUCCUGGUCACUAACCCUCCGGUGCAGCCGAUGCAGUGCCAGGCCCUGCAGGACGUCAGCAGCUUCUGUGAGGAGAGCCGCUGCAGGAACCAGUGGGUCCCCUGUCUGGAGCUGCAGGCCCGCUGAGCCGAACCGAGCCGAACCGAGCCGAGUCAGACCGCUGCGGAGCGGAGCGAAGAAGUGGAAACAGUCCAAACAGCCGUCCUCGUGCAGAAGAGGACUAACGGUGUUUGAAUGAAGAGAGGGGACCGGACCGAACCGAACCGAACCGAACCGGCCUCGCCGCCGGAUUUGCGUGAUUGAUUUGCGGGGCGCGUGAACCGCCGGGACCUGGCGGGUUCUGGAGGCCCGUGCAGGAGGGUCCUGGUCCUGCAGAGAU